UCUCCAUGGUGAUACGAGCACGCUAUCAGACGGACAGAAGUGGAGUUCUGGUCUCACUCAUCAUGGAGUUCGAUUUGCACGAAUAUUUCAGAGCGGCCUUUGAGGACAAACUGCUGGUGAAGAUGCCAGAUCAGGAGGAUGAAUUCCUUACUCCAGCCACCCGUCUCUUGGAGAAAAGAAGAGAGAUGGUGGAAGUUGAGCAGGCUCUCAGCACCCAGAAGGAGGAAUUCCAGAUGAAGAAGGAAAGUCUGCAGCAGCGCCGUGCAGAGCUAGAACACAAGGAAGAAAAGCUGAAAGAUUCCCUGUUCAAAUUUGAUAAGUUUCUUAAGGAGAAUGACUCAAAGCGGAAGAGAGCUCUUAAAAAGGUGGAUGAGGAGCGCCAGAUGGCUGCACAGAAAGACAGAGAGGCUUUGCAGCUGCAGUUGGAAAUUGCACGGCUGCAGCAUCGAAAGGAGGUUUCACUACAACGGCAAGAAAGAAAUAGUAUCUACCAGAACUACCUGCAGAAGGUGCUACAGAGAACAGAUGAGUUCCAAGAGGUGCAAGAGAUGAUAGACCGCUUUAACACACUGAUGGUCACCCAGGACAAACUACUGCAGCGCGAGCUAGAAAGCCAGGAAAAGAUAGAGCGUGAGAAGGCUCGUUUCCUGCAUUACCAGGAGGAAACGCACAAUCGGAUUUUGGAGCAGAACAACCAGUUAUCAGAAUUGCAAUCAGAGUUGGAAAGAAAGCGGACUAUGGUUCUGCACUUGGAGUCAAAGUGGGCACAGAUACAGAACACGUCAGCAGAGAAUACACUACGCCUGGGGCGCAUUAGAAUGGCAACACUGAAUCUCUUCCAGACUGUUACCAAAAGCAUGCAUGUCAAGAUGGAAGUUCAGAUGGAGGACACAGAAACACAGCUCGAAAAGAUUCAGAUGUGCUUUCAGGAUCUCUCUGCCAUAUACACAGAUUUGAAGAAAGCAGAUGUCACAUUGUAGACUACAUAAAUAAAAGAUUUGCCAUCUUAGCUGUCA